GGAUGUUUGCAGAACAUGUGCACGCUAGUUCAACCGCCAUCUAUUGGCGAAUCGGAAAAACCGGCGAACUCUUGAAUUUUUCCACAAAAAUACCGAUAUUUGACUUAAUCUCUCUUGUAUUGCAGCCAAAAUGCACAGAAGGAUUCCAUAGUUAGUACUCUUUGUCCCAUCAAUGUUCGAGGUGAUUCCACGCUUUCCUGACUCGUUAAUUGGCGUGAAAUUGUGUUAUCCCGGAAGUUGGGCGUUACAUGAAAUUGCACGAGCCGUGUUCAGCGUGUAUGGUGUUAGUUAUCGUCCUGAAAACAUCGCCGUAAUCCGGCAGUAGGAGAGGUUUUUUUUUUAAACUUUUUUUUUGAUCGGACGAGGGAGCUUAGGGAACACAAUCUUCCAAGAUGGGGAAAAUGCUUUCAAAGAUUUUUGGCAGGAGGGAGAUGCGUAUCCUCAUGCUGGGUCUGGACGCAGCCGGCAAAACAACCAUUUUGUACAAAUUAAAACUUGGUCAGUCAGUCACAACAAUACCGACGGUGGGUUUCAACGUAGAAACCGUCUCGUAUAGGAAUGUCAAAUUCAAUGUUUGGGACGUAGGGGGUCAAGACAAGAUUCGGCCCCUUUGGCGACAUUACUACACCGGUACGCAGGGUCUUAUAUUCGUAGUGGACUGCGCGGACAGGGACAGGAUAGACGAGGCCAGGCAAGAACUCCACCGGAUAAUCAACGACAGGGAAAUGAAGGAAGCCGUCAUCUUAAUAUUUGCUAAUAAACAAGAUUUACCUGACGCUAUGAGGCCGCACGAGAUCCAAGAGAAGCUAGGUCUGACGAGGAUCAGGGAUCGCAACUGGUUCGUCCAGCCCUCCUGCGCGACGUCGGGAGACGGGCUCUACGAGGGACUCACAUGGUUGCAAUCCAAUGCAAAAAAUUAACAGACAGUGUCCCCCCCCCCCCCCUAUUUUCUACUUUCUGUAUGUAUUAUAUUAUGUACCUAUGGGUCUUCUUUCUUCCCAUCUCCUGCGCAUUUUUGGUGUUGCGAACUACUAAAUACCAGGGUGUGGUUGUUUUUCCUUUGGGCGGGGCUACCAGGGUGUGGCUUUGGGUGUGGCCCUUGGUGAGAGCGCAUAUUAAGCCCAACCCUCUUUCAUGUCUUUGGGUUACAAAUUUAGAUGUCCGUAGGUUUUAAUUUAAGAGACACGUGUGUGUCCUUGUUCUUAAACAGCCCAUUCAUUUUCAGGAUAAUUUUUUUUAAGGCUUUGAAACGGCAGGUAAAUAGUAUGUGUCAGUCGUCAUUGCGGUUAUUUGCAGCAUGUCACAGUAUAAGACUUCAGCCAACAUAUACGCGAGUCUGUUUUAUAAAGGAUCCGCGCGUGAAGGAGUGAAUUUGAUUCCCAGCGACCAUUUAAGGGUACAUGUAUAUACAUCAGCUUCUUUUGAUGUUUGUCCCUCGCACACAAA